GAAGAAAACGAAGAAGAAGAGUCGGUCGCUUUAAAAAUGCUAAUGACGUUUUUGUUAGGGAUUUGUUCUGACGUCACAUCCUGAGGCGAGCUUAACUCCUACUUUUUGUUGGGACCUGCGAGAGAAAAUUUAUCCUGCGGAGGUGGUACGGUGGAAUAAAAAAAAAGAUAAACAACACAAAACCAAGGCCACGGUGUCCGGAAAUGUCCGCGGUCUCCCUUUGGCGGUCUGAAAUGCAACCGGUCGUGCUUUCGCCGUGAACUCCUGAAAGGAUUUUUUUUAUUUUUCCCGUGUGGUCCUGUUGCCCUGCAGCCCUCCCAUCAUGCUGAGUUUCCUGCGCCGGACGUUGGGGAGACGCUCCAUCCGGAAGCAUGCGGACAAAGCCCGUCUGCGAGAGGCGCAGCGCGCCACCACCCACAUCCCGGCUGCCGGGGACGCCGCGUCCAUCAUCACCUGCCGCGUGUCCCUGCUGGACGGGACAGAUGUCAGUGUGGACCUGCCGAAAAAAGCCAAAGGUGAGGAGCUGUUUGAGCAGAUCAUGUACCACCUAGACGUGGUGGAGAAGGACUACUUCGGCCUGCGUUUCAUGGACUCGGCACAAGUUCCCCACUGGCUUGAUGUCACAAAAAGUAUCAAAAAACAAGUGAAAAUUGGUCCACCGUACUGCCUUCACAUGAAAGUCAAGUUCUACUCAUCAGAACCAAACAACCUGCACGAAGAACUCACCAGAUACCUGUUUGUCUUACAACUUAAACAAGACAUCCUCAGCAGCAAGUUGGAAUGUCCAUUUGACACAGCAGUGGAAUUGGCUGCCUUCUCGCUACAAGCUGAGUUGGGAGAUUGCGAUCCAUCAGAACACAAUCUGGACCUGGUGUCAGAAUUUCGGUUCAUCCCUGACCAGACAGAGGAUGUGGAGCUCGCUAUAUACAACGCCUGGAAGGAGUGCAGAGGUCAGACACCCGCACAAGCUGAGAUAAACUACCUGAAUAAAGCUAAGUGGCUGGAAAUGUACGGGGUGGACAUGCACAUGGUGAAGGCAAGGGAUGGUAAUGAGUACAGUCUGGGUUUGACACCCACUGGAGUCCUGGUGUUUGAAGGCCAAACUAAGAUCGGACUUUUUUUCUGGCCCAAGAUAACUCGUUUGGAUUUCAAGAAGAGCAAACUGACUCUUGUUGUAGUGGAAGACGAUGAACAGGGAAAAGAACAGGAGCACACCUUUGUCUUCAGGAUGGACCACCCAAAAGCGUGUAAACAUCUCUGGAAGUGUGCCGUGGAACACCACGCUUUCUUCAGGCUGCGGGGGCCAGUGGAGAAGGGCGCUGCGCGCUCUGGAUUUAUUCGCAUGGGAUCCCGCUUCAGAUACAGUGGAAAAACAGAGUAUCAGACAACCAAGGCCAAUAAAGCAAGGCGGUCAGCCUCCUUUGAGAGGAGACCCAGUCGCCGUUACUCCAGAAGAACCAUGCAGAACAGAGACUUCUUUCUUCAGGUUUCUUCCUCUCGGGGUGUCUGGUCCAGCACACCUGUGGUCAGCCCAGUAGCAGCUUCUGCCUUUGGACCAGUGGAAAUUGAGGCGCUACCCAGAAGUCCUGGAGGAGAAAAAAGAAGCUUGCCUGUGGUUGCUGAUCUGAUGGAGAUAUGCAUUGAUGAUGUCCUCAGAGCUCCUGUUGCUCCCCCAGUGUCGAGUACAAAGGAGACUGGAUCAUCCAGUGCCUGUCCAACAACAAGUGUUACCACAGAUAUUCCACCUAGUCUCACAGGUGAGGCUAGAACAACCACAUCUUCAACAUCGUCCGAAGCAGCAGCUCGCCUGAAGCAGCUGGAGUUGGAGGGUAGUCCGGUCCUUCCCGCUCCAAGAAAUAACAUCAACAUUAAUAUGGUCCUGAACAAUCAGGAAGAUGUGGUGAAAAUCACAGAGAAAUGUGACCUGAGCAGUACAGGCAGCAGUCCAGUGGUCACUCCACUGCGCACCCCGGAGGAUCUGAAGAGCAACAUCCUGAAAGCUCAAGCUGAGGCUGCUGUCAAAGUGCAGGGGCCUUUCGAAGAACACGUCGUAUUAAUCGGAGAUAAGAACUGUAACUUGCAGGAGGCUUCUGCCAGGUUGAAGGGGCGCUCUGGCCGAAUGGGCAGUAACUCGUCUCUCUCUGUUGGCGCCCGUCCUGACAUCCCGGACUUGGAGCUGGUCAAACCUGCCUCUCUGGUCCCAUCUGCAGCCACCAGUGCUGAGAGGUUAGCUGAGGAUUUAUUCCCAUCUGCUCCCAAGAUUCCUGCUGCCAGCGAAGACUUGGCACCCAAGGUUAAAGCGGAGGAGUUUGACCUGCAAAGCACCGGCCCGCUGACUGACAACCUGAUUGAUUUCACUGAUCCCACUCCUCUGGUUCCUCCGGUGCAGCAGCACAAGCCGCUCAUCACCCCGCGCUGGAUCAUCCCCUCCACCGCCCCUCCCGGCUUGUUUACCAACGGCCUGCUGGACGUAGAGCCCCCCUCUAAGGUCAGCCCUGCUGUUCCUGCUGAAGGGGGGGCAGCUCUCGCCUCAACCCCGCCACUCCUCGCUCACACACGUAGCGCCAUCCCCACCAGCACUGUGGGUCAGCCGCCGGCCUCGGAGGACGGAGCCACACCCAGAGGUCUGCUGACCACUGAGCUUUGAUGAACAGCGCUCCCCUUUCUGACCGCAGCUCCGAGGAAAGGACGAGGCAGCUCCCCGGCUCCACUUUUUUCUCUUUGCACACACACUGAUAAACAGGCCGGCUGCUGCACACCACAGAUAUUUUUUUAAAACCUUGAAACAUCUCCAUCGUUAACAGUUAAGUGUGUACAUUUCCUGUUUUUCUUCCACCACCUGCCACCCUCCGACUCAUCCUGCCUCCAUCGAACAGCAGCACCCCCCACAGAAGUGAACUCGGUCAUCAGGGACUCUGAACAAAAGUAACAUUCUCUGACUUCUGACCGGCAGGUGGCUGGAUGGGUACCGUACCUCUGUCUGUGCACCAUAUUGUUGUCACCACUGGAUCUCUGAGCGUCUCACGUGUAGAGCAGCUGAAACACUGGAAGGAGACUCUGUGAUGACGGGUCUUACUGUAAACGGGAUGAAACGACCGGAUUCCUUACAGCAGCUUUUUUUCUCUCUUUUUUUUUUUUUGAACUAGUCACUGUGAAAGUAGCUUGUUGCAGCCACCUGCUAUGAAACCUUCACUGGAUGCUCUUUGCAGUACUAGGCUCACAUUUCUAAAACAUUUUGGUUUUAGAAAUGUGUUUUUAUGAUUUCAUUCUCACCGUUUGUUGAUCAUUGUUUAAGAUUCCUAUUGUAGAAGCUGUUGAAUUCACUCCUUUUGGUAGCAGCGUUACAGGGAACUGCUCACCAGUCUUUGGUAAAACUCUAUUUUAAAGUUUAACAUUUUAGUUGAAGUGUCUCAUGCUGUGUUUUCAUAUGUCUCAUUUAGCCUCUGUACCAGGUGUGUGGAUGCCAAUAAUGAAAGCCGAUCAGCUUCUUUCUUUCAGACGGCAGUUUUACUUUACUCAGAACACGUUGUAGCUACCUGCAUGCCUUAUAGAAUUGAAUGUAUUCAAUAUCUCUCAUCUAAGAAUGCUGGAAAUGCCACAGUGCAGAUGUGUGUCACUUUUAGGGCUGCUUGUGUUGAGCUCACACUGUCUGAAAUGGUUCAGGGGAGGACAACCUGUGAAAUAUCUUAAAAUCCGCUUUUUUAUACCUGAACAAAGUGAGGCCUGAAGCAACACUUUGCAUUUGAUUAAGUAUAAUACAUCGAUGCCCAUUUUUUAACUAUUGUAAUCUUUAAGUUGGGCAUUGAGUCGAGUUCUGUUUGCCUAGCCUUGUAAUAGUAUCAUGACUUAAGAGGCCGUUUUAUUUACAGAUCUCUCUUACUGUAGCAGUGACCAGUAUUUAUGCUACCACUCAAUGUUCCAACGUCCCAUGUUGUCCAAAAGUGUUGUAGCUCAUAGUUUAUUAUGUAAGAGGUAGAAUCAGAUAUAUAUUUUAUUUUUCUGAAUAUUAUUCUGUCAUCAUAGAUGCUACAGAUGCUGUUUUUCUAAACCAGCGGUGGCUGUGUUACUGAUUAACUGGAUAAACCGCAGACUCAUGUCACACAUGCAAUUUUCUAUCAGUGUUUUCCUGGAUUCUCUGAUCUGAGUCAGUAAAGCUUUGCUGCAGUAGGAGAACUUAUUUCUUGUUAAUUUUUUUUGUUUUUGAUGUUGAAAUGAAGUGAUCAACCAUUUUCUUUACCUGCUUAUUCCGUGUUGGGGUGGGGGGGGGACUUCUCCCAGCCGAUGAUGAUGAUGCAGGUCCAUCGCUGCCACACAGAAAACCAAGACAGAAAACCACGCAUGCGAUUGGUCUCCAGUAAAGUUAACACACGUGGAGUGUGGGAGGAAGCUGGAGAACCCAUCCAUACUAAGAGAGAGCCUGCAAACCCCAACAAAAGGCCCCAUAGCUGGUAGGCGACAGUCACAAGUGCCUGAUGAAUUAUUCCUGUUGGCUUCAGUUUGGGGUCCGGUGAAAGUUUGACAACACACUUUUCCUCUAAAAGACAUCAAACUAGGUGAACUACAAUACAGACGUGUUGAUGUGCAGCAUUUCUGUUCAGCAGAGGCUGGAACCAUCUGUUUAGUCUUAUUGUAAUCUUACCUUUUCACCACUAGAGGGCAGAAGAAUUCCAGUUAUGAUCCCAAUUUGCUUGAACAAAGUUGUUUAAGUUUUCACUCCUCCCAAAACCAAAUUCUUCUGUGCUUAUUCCCUGCACUGAUGCACUUAAUUGAUUAAUUUCAACUGGUUGUAAAUGGGUUUUUGCUUUAAAUUUCAUUAAACAGGAGCUAAAAUAGGUCUAAUUCUGCUGAGCAGUGUGAUAUCGGUCUCUGCCUUUAGGGAGCAGUAUGGCUCC